AUGGAUGCGGACAACAACUUUGGUCCCCAGCGAGCGGGUAUUUUUGACUUCACCAUUCUCUUUGAGCAAAGUAUUCUAUCUCUCCUCCCGACUGGUCUGUUCAUCUUGCUUGUGCCGCUGAGACUCUAUGUCCUUUGGAACAAUGAAAGAGUCACCGAAACUGGCUUCUUGCUAUGGGCAAAAAUGGUUACGAUUGCCAGCUACGCUUGUCUUCAAACCACCUUGCUUGUCCUCUGGUGCCGACAAAACUCGACAAAAACAGCCAUCGCUGAGCCCGUCCUUGGCUUGGUCGAAGCUUUUGCACUUGCCGCUCUGUCUUUUAUCGAACACCGAAACUCCAGAAAGCCAUCCAAGUUGAUAGGAGCAUUCCUUGUCAUCACCAUCAUCCUCGACGUUGCCCUCGUCCGCACCUUUUGGCUACGAUCGAUGCACAGUAUUGCGGCUGUGUUCACUGGUUCGUUUGCGAUCAAGACAGUUCUCUUGAUUCUCGAAGAAACACCAAAGACAGUACUUGGCGAAAAGAAAAAGAUACACGAGACAUCGUCGGGGGUGGUCAACAGGAGUUUCUUCUGGUGGUUGAAUGGACUCUUUCUGCAAGGCCAUCGCACGAUUCUUGAGACUGAUGACCUACAGGCGAUAGACUCAAAGUUUGAUACAGACCAUGUAUCAGCGCCGUUGGAGAAACAGUGGGAACGAGUUGCAGCCCGCAACAGUGGCCAGCCCAGUCUCUUGAAGAGCACUUUCCUCGCAUACAAGUGGCAAUUCGCCGCCGGCAUCAUCCCUCGACUCCUCCACAGCGGCUUCAACUUUGCGCAACCCUUCCUCAUCCAAUCCGUCAUCCUGCUCGUCAGCAAAAAGGAAAUGUCGGUCCAAACUUCCAGCGGGCUCAUCGGAGCAACAGUCCUCAUCUACCUCGGCCUCGCCAUUUCUGGCGCGUGGCACAAGCACAUGUCUUACCAGUUGGUGACUAUGUACAGAGGUGGACUGGUGUCGUUAAUCUUCAAGAAGACGCUCAAACUAAAAACCUCGUCAAUCAAAGACUCUGCACCUGUUACGCUCAUGACGGCGGACGUGGAGACUAUUGUUGCGGCUGGUGCGUCGGUCCAUGACAUGUGGGCAAAUAUGCUUGAACUGCCUGUGGGGAUUUAUCUGCUUUAUCGUCAAGUUGACCAAGCUAACGAUCAAGUCACAACAAUUGUCAGCGGCAUCAUCUCUCCAGCCAUGGAGCCAGCGACAGUGAAGUGGAACGAAGCUGUUCAGAAGCGAGUUGGCGAGACAUCAAAUAUGCUCAAUCAGAUGAAGGGUAUAAAAAUGAUGGGUUUGACGGAUUUCUUUCUCAAAAUGGUGCAAGGCUUCAGAGUCAGAGAGCUCAAAGUUUCUGCCAGGUUCCGAUGGUUGCUCGUCUACUUCAAUGCACUUGCCAUGAUUUCUGCCCAGUUGACUCCGGUGGUUGUCAUCAUGUCUGCAAUCUACUGGACCAAGGCAGAUGAAGGUCUGAGUGUCGCAGAAGCAUUCACAUCAUUAUCCUUGAUUUCUGUUGUGACUCAACCACUUGUCAUGAUUCUCGUCUCUUUGAUGCAGAUUGCAGGUGUUCUCGGGGGCAGUGGCAGAAUUCAAGCGUUCUUGCUCCUGGAUGAGCAAGUUGUUGCCAAGGAGACAGUGGAUGUUGAUGCUAUCGCCAUACAAAACGCCAGCUUUCAGACGCCCGAUGGAAAGUCCUUGCUCGCUGAUAUCAACCUCCAAAUCUCGCCCGGGACACUCAGCAUGCUCGUGGGUAGAGUAGGCUGCGGAAAAUCGUCACUCUUGAAAGCGAUCAUCGGCGAGCUUAUACCAGCAGAGGGGACAGUCAAGGCCGAGGAUUCUCUUGCGUACUGCGACCAGAUACCAUGGCUCCGAAACACCACAAUUCGAGAGAACAUCGUUGGACAGUCGCCGAUGGACGACAAGUGGCUAUCGACAGUUCUUCAUGCUUGCGCUUUGGACGAGGAUCUCCAUCAAUUGCCCCAGGGUCAAGAGACAAUUGUUGGCUCUGGUGGAGUGGCUUUGAGUGGAGGCCAAAAGCAGCGGGUUGCCCUUGCACGGGCUGUCUACUCGCGAAAGAAGCUCGUUAUACUUGAUGAUGUCUUCAGCAGCCUUGACAAAACGACUGCAGAUACAGUCUUCCAUCGCCUCCUGGGAGCGGAUGAUUUGUUUCGGAUGAGCACUGUUGUCUUGGUUACCAGUAACGUUCACUACCUGCCAUUCGCGGACUUUGUAACAGUGAUUGAAAACGGUCGCAUCACGCGCAAUCAAGUUCCAUACUCUCAACUCGAAGCCACCGAAACUCUAAACACUAUCGCACCAAUCGAAAGUCAGCAACUUGUCCAGAAGGAUAUAGUCAAGCUUACUCCGAAGAAGGAAAUUGAUUUGGCUCGGAAGACUGGGGAUACAGAUUGCUACAAGAUAUAUGUCAGGUCAAUGGGUUGGAAAGUGAUUAGCAUCAUCUUUCCACUUUCUGUGAUUGGUGCCGUACUUGAAGCCAUGCCUCAAAUUUGGUUACGAAUUUGGACGGAGGAAGGUAAGGGCUCGAAGGAUGCUCAUUACGCGGGAGGAUACAUAGGGCUGGUCGUUGCUUCAAUGGUCCUGGCGCUCGUAAACAUUGAUUACUUCCUCAUUGUUGGCGUCGAAAAGUCAUCAAACAACCUCCAUGAGCAGCUUUUGAAUUCUGUGUGCAGAGCCCCUUUGCACUUCUUUACAUCAACCGAAAGCGGCAGCAUCUUGAACCGCUUCAGCCAGGACAUGACACUUAUCGACAUGUCUCUCCCACUAGCAUUCUACCUAGCACUCGAUUUGACAUUGCGAUGCCUGGUUCAGGUCGGGGUAGUGGCUUCGGGAGCGAGUUACUUUGGCGCAUUUCUGCCCAUCUCGUUCUUGGCUCUGUACCUCAUCCAAAAGUACUACCUGCGCACUUCCAGACAGAUGCGACUCUUGGAUCUCGAAGCCAAGACACCACUCUACACACAAUUCACGGAGAUUACAGCUGGACUCGCAACUAUUCGCUCAUUCGGAUGGACAAAUGAGUUUCUCGAUGAAAGCUUCCGCAUGCUCAAUACAUCUCAAAAGCCUUUUUAUUUAAUGUUUUGUAUUCAGCGAUGGUUGGAGCUGGUACUUGACCUCUUUGUUGCUGGGAUGGCCAUCCUACUUGUCACGAUUGCCCUGCGGAUUCCUGGCACCACUAGCGAGGGCGCAAUCGGGCUCGCCAUGGUGAACCUGCUAGGGCUGAAUAUGACACUAACAACGGUGAUUGAUCAAUGGACGACCCUGGAGACUUCGCUUGGAGCUAUUGCUCGGCUGAAGUCGUUCAUCAGCAACACCCCAAACGAGAAUAAGCAGGGUGAGACUGAAGUCCCAGAUAAUUGGCCUGGGGGUAAAAUUGUGUUUGAUGGAGUGACUGCAUCAUACAGCAUUCAUAUCGACGGCAAAGACCUAGCAUCAAUACCACGCCAACACAUUCGAUCCCAGAUAACAACAAUCCCUCAAGAUCCAGUGAGCCUCUCAGGCACAGUACGACACAAUCUUGACCCUGAGGCACUUGUCCAAGCGGAUGAAAUUCUCGUUGAAGCUCUGAAAAAGACUACCCUAUGGGCAACCAUUGAAACACGCGGUGGACUUGAUGCUGAUCUGAGCGAGCUUGGCUUUUCGGUCGUCCUCCUUGAUGAACCAACCAGCAGUGUUGAUAAUGCGACCGAUAAAGACGUUCGACGUAUCAUUCGAGAGGUUAUGCAAGGCCGAACAGUGAUUGAAGUCUCUCACCGUCUUGACUACGUGACAGACUUUUAUCUCGCUGUUGUUAUGAAGGAUGGACGAGUCAUCGAGACUGGCGACCCAAAGGAGUUACUCGCCCAGAACUCGGCUUUGAAGGCACUGCGGGGAUAG